AUGGCGACCAACGGCACGUCAACCCAAACCCCCCUCCGGGUCGUCGUGGGCAGCGACAACGCCGGGCACGCCUACAAGACGGCGCUCAAGGAGGUGCUCAAGAAACACGCGGGGGUGACGCACGUCCUGGACGUUGGCGUGGUCGACGCCGACGACGCGACAGCGUACCCGCACCUGGCGGUGGAUGCGUGCAAGAAGAUCAAGUCGGGAGAGGCCGACCGCGCCCUCCUGAUCUGCGGCACGGGUCUCGGCGUCGCCAUCUCGGCCAACAAGGUCGAGGGCAUCCGGGCUGUGACGGCGCACGACCCCUACAGCGUCGAGCGCAGCGUGCUCUCCAACAACGCCCAGGUGCUGUGCUUCGGCCAGCGCGUCAUCGGGCUCGAGCUGGCCAAGAAGCUGGUCGACGAGUGGGUCGAGCUGCGCUUCGACGAGUCCAGCGCCAGCGCCGAAAAGGUCGCUCACAUUUCAAAGUACGAGGAGCAGUUUGGCGAGUUGUGA